AUGGAUACAUCAACAGAGAAUUUUGUGGAUGCGUUGGCAGUCAUCAAGCAACAGACCUAUACUCUGAAGAAAUACAUUGAUGAAGAUAAUUACAGCGGAACUAUUGCUGCCAGUAUCCAAUUGUUAAACGAGUUGAAGAAUGAAAAUCUUAACCCUAAAGAUUACUACGAAGUCUAUAUCCUUUUUGUUUGA